AUGACUCGUGCCAGAAACAGAACUACAAGAAGAAACCAGCCGGAUCCCACACUUGGCAAAGAGCUUCGAGCACAAAUCCGUGAUCGACUGAAAUUUAUGCACCAGCUGGAAGCCGCCUUAGAGGAGGAGACCGAUCCUGAUCAUGUCGCUGCUCUGAAAGAUAUUAUGAAGGUGAAUAUCAGGGAAGCGGAACAUCUUUGUAUGAGACAUGAGAGAUGGAAAGCGUCGCGUAGAUGA